AUGCAUUUAGUGGACACUAAAUUCCUUCAUCAAGUUCGAGUGGUGCUAUUGGAAUGGAGAAGGACACAUGAUCAUGAUGAUGAGAAUUCAAAUUAUUUUUCGGAAUGGAGGUUUCGAAUACCACAAGAAAAUUACGACAAGUUAUGUUUCAAAAUGAGAAAUCAUCAUCAUUAUAUUCCGAAAGCCUUUUCAAUGAAAUUUCAAGCGGUUCAUGGUGAUGAGAAUCACAAUGAAUUAUUGUUGGAAAAAGAAGAAUCGCCGGCUUUUGAUGUAAAGAUUUGUUAUACCUUUCAAUGGAUUUUGAUUUCAAAAUUUGAUGAACAUGUCAUUCAAGUGUUUGAUGCAGACAAGAAAAUAUUGAAAUAUCAAUUAUAUACACUGGAGAAACCAAGAAUGAUGUGUGUGGAAGAGAAUUGUAAAGGUGUCAUCCAUAAGAAUCUAAAUUCCAAUCAAUCGGAAGGAGGAGAAGAAAAGACUUUUCUAAUUUUUGGUCGUGACGAUGAAACGGUUUUCAAAAUUAAUUUAAAAUCCAUCUUGGAGAGAAUGCAACGUGGAUUAAAUUCAAGCUCCAUGACCACUGAUGAUGUCAUUUGGAAACAACUCAUUGAUACACCCAACGGCAUUUGUGUGAAAGAAUGUGAGGAGACGAGUGAAAACUUUGUCUAUGUUGUGGAUGGUUAUAGAGCUCGAGUGGUGGUUCUUCGUUCAAUGAAUGGAUCAUUGGUGCAGUACAUUGAUGCAGAGCAUGGUCUUAGCUUCAGUUCACCUUGGAGUAUUAGUGUCAUUCAACCUACGGGAGACUUGAUGAUCACAGAAGGUUUACCAUUUCCUCACAUUAGAAUCAUUCGACCAGAAAGAAGAAGAACAACUUCUUCCUUUGACAAUAAGACACCAUUACAACCUACACGUUGGGAAUGUGUGAAAAUUCUCGGUGAACAGCAUUUACGUUGGCCUUUAGGAGCAGUUUGUGAAAAUCAAACCUCAAAAAACAUUUAUGUGUGUGACAAGAUGAUGCCAGGUAUUUUCGUGUUGGAUCUCGAAGGUCAUUUGAUCACACGAGGACCUCCAUCAUCUCUCAAACGACAUGGUAAAAUCAAUUCUCAUUCACAUCCAUGUGUGACUCAAUGUUAUGCCGUUUGCCUUAAUGAAUGGACUGGAGAAUUGUUGAUUGCCACCGAUUCGAGUCAUUCUCUUUGUGUUUACAGGUGA